UCUGACCCCGGCAAAGCGUUAGACGUUAAUGCCGUCUAUAGCCACAUCACCGUACAACUGUUCCAAGACAAAGAUGAGGCAUUGUCCCAUACAGAGGCUGGCAGCCCUGAGAUGGCCGUCUGUUACGCCAAUCGCUCUGCAGCUCUUUUCCAUCUUGGUCAGUUUGAGAUCUGUCUGGAAGACAUUGGAAGGGUGCAGCAGGUUGGAAGCUGCCCGGAGAAGCUGCUGCCCAAGAUUUUGCUCCGGAAAGCCGAAUGCCUCCUGUCCUUGGGCCGACUGCAGGAAGCGGCAGAAACCCUCCACGGCGUGGAGGAGAGAAUGUCUGCAGACCAGCGGCCAGAGGCUGCCCGUCGCCGGCUGCUGCUUGGCCAGCUGGAUCAGCUGCGGGCCAAGGCUUGUAAGGAGAGCAGGGCCUUCGACCACCUGUCCGCCGCCCCCGGCCAGGUUCAACUGGGCCCCGAGCCAUGGGAGGAGAGCAGCAGUGUUUCUGGGGCCUCAGUGUCUGUGAGCUUGGACUUUUCCACGUGCAAAGGGCGCCACUUAGUUGCCGCCGAGGAUAUCCCUGCUGGAAAACUCUUGGUGAGGGAGGAGGCUUUCGUCAGCGUGCUCUGCCCCGGAGAAAGCCUCUUGCUUGAAGGGAGCGCCCAGACCCUGCGGGACGGGCAGCUGGCUAACACUGACCUCCACUGCCACCAUUGCCUGCGCCCACUGCUGGCCUCAGUUCCCUGCCAAGGGUGCAGCUACAGCAAGUACUGCAGUCCUGCAUGUGCCCAGCUGGCAUGGAGGAGCUACCACGGGAGAGAAUGUGCCCUCGGGGGGCUGCUGCUUGCACUGGGAGUCUUCUGCCACGUGGCCUUCAGAACUGUGCUGGUGGCUGGUUUUGCAGAAGUGAAGGCCUUAGUUGCCGAGUCGCAGGGAGAUGGCGCGGCAGGAUCUGCUGCUGCCGCUGCUGCGGAGAAGGGCUCCCGCCACAUUCCUGGCUGCGAGGCUAACGGACGGGACGGCGGCUCCUACCGAGCGGUCUUCAGCCUUUUGCCACAUGCGGAUCGACACAGCCCCAGCCUCAGG